AUGCUUCCUCAAGAAUUAUACACUCCAGUUCGCGCUGUACUCAAUUGGACUGGAUAUUCCCUUGAUAACCUCUCCGAGGAGUGGCAAAAGCCUUCAGUGACAUACCCUGAAAAAUGGUGCAAAAACGAUGGCUUGACCCCUAUCCACAAAUCAGCAUUCGACGAAAACGAUAAAGAGGACAUCAUCAGUGCUAGAAUCACUCCUAAAUAUGGAACAUCAAAGACUCACCAUCUUUACAAGGAUGGCACUGGGACGAUGGAAAAGGGAGAUGUACGCCAAUGA